ACAAGCUGGGAAGAAGUAAGACGUACAGUUUGAGCAGGAGAGGGAGAGGACUGUAUCUGCAGCAUGGCUUGUGUAUCCAGAUUUCAAUGGCAUCUUUUACUGACACUCCUAUGGGGGUUAAAGGGAGAAAGCAGGUACAUACAGGUAAAGAACUCACCAGCAGAUGCAAUGUUUCUGCUUAACUCUGAUGUCAAAAGGGAACUGUCUGAAGAGCAAAUGUAUCGGAGAUCCCUCAGGUGCAUUGACAUGCUCAGUAUAGACGGACAGUUCACAUUUAAAGCAGAUCGGCCUCAGCUCCAUUGUGCCCUAUUUAUUAUCGGAGACCCAGAGGAGUUUGUUACCAUUGAAUAUAACUUUGUGAAUAUUGACUGCCUAGGAGGAGACAUCCUUAAGGUCUUCGAUGGCUGGAUAAUCAAAGGAGAAAAGUUUCCAAGUUCCUUGGAUCAUCCACUCUCCACCGGAGAACGUUACACUGACAUCUGUGACCUCAACAACAUGGGAAGCAUCACAAGGUCAUCUCAAAACGUGGCCAUGAUUUUCUUCCGAGUCCAAGAGCCAGGCAACGGAUUUACUUUAACAAUUCGAAAGACUCCUAAUCUCUUCCCAUGUAAUGCGAUUUCACAGUCGCCCAGUGGACAAUUCACCAUGAUUAUUCCCCAUCAACACAGAAAUUGCAGUUUUUCAAUAAUAUAUCCGGUGGUAAUUAAAAUAUCUGAUCUUACACUAGGACACUUUAAUGAGCUUCAGUUAAAGAAGCCUCCACCGCGAGGAUGUGGGGGAACAGGUGAUUUUGUAGAACUUUUAGGAGGUGCCGGACUUGACCCUUCCAAGAUGUUUCCAUUGGCUGAUCUCUGUCACUCAUUCCAUGGCUCUGCCCAAAUGAAGAUCGGCUGUGACAACAGUGUCCUAAGGAUGGUUUCAAGUGGUAAAUUUAUAAACAGGGUGACGUUUGAGUACAGUCAGCUGGACAGACAGAAAGAAAAGCAAGAGGGUAACAGCGUUGAAGAGGUUUGCUCCCCGAUCGAUUGAUCAACAGAAAAAUAUUGUGCUAGUUUAAAAAAAAAAAAAAAAAAUCUAAAUCAGGAAUCCGAUAAAUGAAUUACUUAUAAACUAUUCAGAUGUAGCAAUUUAUCUCUGUGACCCUUCUGUCAUUCUGCUAAAAGAAUGUGUGUACAUACAGUAUUACCGCUUAUCUGUAUUAUAAUUUAAAAUAAAUAUUAUAUUUAUAUGGUUAAAAUUGUCUGUGGCAGAAGGGUCAAACCACACAAGUAGAAAGAAAUGUCCCUGAUUGUAUAAUGUUUCUGUUGAACAGAGUGUGUUUUGUUUUGUUUUUGCUCCUUAAUUUGCUUUGUAGACACUUUGC